GUAUGGCGUUGUCAAAAACGAAUCUACUCGUAAAUCAGCUUCCAAAAAGCAUGGGAGAUGUGCAAUUUAAAGAAUUCUUCGAACGGAUGGGAGAAAUAAAAGUAUGUCAAGUCAUUAAAAAUCGGACAACCAAAGAAAGUAUGUGCUAUGGUUUUGUAGAGUUCUUGAAAGAAGAGGAUGCUCAAAGAGCUGUCGAUGAACUGAAUAAUUACCCAAUAGAGGACAAGUUCCUUAAACUUCAGUUUGCUCGUCGCAAUAAUCCUAACAAAAAAGGUGGUACUCGUAUCUUUGUCUCUAAACUGCCGCCUGAGGUAUCCGAAGAGAAAUUGCAGGAACUCUUUGGUGAGUUUGGCGAGAUUAACGAGGUGCAGCUUCCUCUUAAGAAUGAUGGAUCUGCUAAAGGCUAUGCUUUCCUGACAUAUCAGGAAGAAAUGGAUGCGAAAGCAAGUAUUGAGGCUCUUAAUCAGUAUUCAGAUGAUUUCUUCUCUCAGCCAAUAAGUGUGAAGAUAAGUGUAUCAGACUUCAGUAUACAGGCCGAGAAGAAAAAAGCUCAAAAGUUAAGCUCAAGUAAUGGGAACCUUCUUCAAAAUUCAUUUGUACCGUAUGCUGGUUAUCUGAACGAAUCAGCGCCAUUUCUUGGAAACCAUGUCGGGAACAGUGGGUUCGCUCCAGAAGACAUGAUAGAUCCAUCUAUGAUACCACCUCCUCCUCCAAAAAGAAAAAAAGAAAACUCCGAUGUUAAUGAAGACAUGAUGUCCAGAAAACCAGAGAAGAUAGUUCUUCCUGAAGUGCCGCCGAAUUCAGAUGGAGUGACAUUAUUCUUCUACAACAUCGGCAAGGAUCUUGACGAAGCUCAGAUGAAGCAGGUUCUUCUUAAUCAAGGAGUGGGCGCUAUGUUAUACCUGUCCAUAGUUCGAGAUCCGACCACUCUUUUGAGUAAAAACUUCGCUUUUGUCAAGUUCAAAAAUCAAGAAGACGCUCAACAAACUAUAGCGACGUUACAUAGGUCCGAUUUAUUUGGCUGUGGGCCUUGCGAGAUCAAAUUUAAAACGUUCACUCCUGGAAAUAGUGCACCGAAUGGAAAAGCGACAAAUGAUCGGCAAAGAACAAGCGGUAGGAGAACUGACUAUUCAAGUAAUAUUCCAGUUUUAGUGACAGAUGAAUGAGAAUAAAACAAGAGCCCAUUGAAAGUCUCAUAUCAAGGUCAAGACGUUUGCAGGCUCCAAGUUGCAAUUGACUGAUGAAAGAGCAUAGCGGAAAGUGGAGUCAGAUUGUUUUGUAGUAUCAUAAAACUGAAAUCAAUAUAAAGACAAAUGAUUCUGUUCAAGUGUCAAUGAACGAAAUAAGGACAGUUUAUAGGUCGUUCGGUUUUUUCAGGAAAAAUUGUUCACUCUCACUUUUAUUUUGUUUUUCGU